CUAGAUGAUCUGCUCUUCAGAUGGCGAGAAACCUCUCUUCAGAAUGCCGCUCAGGGACUUUCCACGGGCGCCCCAAACGCCGGGUUCGGUUUCCGCUCCAUUUUACAUUGUACAGACUAGAUGAUCUGCUCUUCGGAUGGCGAGGAACCUCGCUUCAGAAUGCCGCUCAGGGACUUUCCGCAGGCGCCCCAAACGCCGGGUUCGGUUUCAUUCAGAGAAUCGAGAGUGGGUACCGCGGCGGGAGAGGGAAAGAGGUGGAUUCUCUGACCGGUUGGGCGGACCGUGAGCUGACAAGAAACUAACAGCAUGGGUGGCAGGCUGGGCAGAAAGCGGAGAGGCUACAACGUGAGCGAGCCAGCGGAAAGUAGAACGGCUGCAGAGUCCACUAACAACCCUGAGGUGAAGCAAGUUGAGCCCAAGAACAAAGCUGUUUCAAAAGACCAAGGCAAGACAACUGGUGAGCCUCCUGAACAACAGUCAGCAAGUGAGGCUCCCAAACAGGCAGAUGAAGGAGCUGGAGAGAAACAAGCAGCUUUGAUAGCUACAGAUGUGGAAGCUGCAGAAAUAAAUGAAGUAGCAGUGGCGAGUACCUCUGAGCCUCCUCAUGGCUCUGAAGUGCAAGGCGACGUAAACUCUUCUGGUUUGGUUGAAGCAGAAAAGCAACUGCCUGACCAGACAGCCCAUUAUCCUUCACCAGAGGCUGGUGAGCCAUCCAGUGCUACUGCAGUGACUGACUUGGCUGCUGAAGUUCCAGAAAGUGGCUCCAAUGCGGAAACUCUAAAACCAGAUUUGGAGCUGGGAAGAAGUGUGGCUGAAGACAUUUCAACUGAGAAGUCUAGUUUGGGUGAUCAAGCUGUGACAAGUCUGGAUGAACAACUAGAAGAAAGCUGUGGAAACCUAGAUGUUGAAGCAGAUCCUGGUAAAGUUCUUAAAGGAGUUUCUGAAGAUGCGUCCCACACUGCAGUGUCUUCGUCUGUCAAUCACGAGGCACCUUCACAAGAAACAGAAAUGUCUGUCCAGGAGAGACAGCUUGAGUCUCAGGUUAAAUGUGACUCUUCUAAGGAAGACGAAGAACCAAAAUUGACAGCAAUAACUGAAGAAACUCCUAUUGAUGUUGUGUUGAAGAAUGAAGUGGCCAUGUUUGCUGUUAUGGAGAAAGAUGUGACUGAACCCAACACUGGAGAAGAGGUUCAGGGAGCAGUUAAUGAACCUCUUCAUUCUACCACCCAAGCAACAACUGAUAUUGGACAGGCACCUGCCUGUGCACAGCAUAGCUCUACCUCUGGAGGUAGUUGUGUUGCUGAAAUUGAAGAUCAUGGCAUUUCAUUAAAAGAAUCUGAAAGUCCAUCUGUAGACUUGUCGCAGGUGGACUUCAGCAGUGUGACAGAUGCAGGCCAAGCAGAUCCAGUGAUUGCAGAAUCUGCCCCAGAGGAUAACUGUCCAAGCACAGAAAAUGUGACUGAAACCAGCCAUGAACAGACUGCGGAGCCGAUGGGCUGCCAAGAUAGCGUGGAAGCUCACAGUGUGAUCUGUGCAGGCCAACCAGAUCCAACGACUACAGAAUCUGUCCCAGAGGAUAAUAGUACAAGCACGGAAAAUGUGACUGAAACCAGCCAUGAACAGACUGCGGAGCCGAUGGGCUGCCAAGAUAGCGUGGAAGCUCACAGUGUGAUCUGUGCAGGCCAACCAGAUCCAACGACUACAGAAUCUGUCCCAGAGGAUAAUAGUACAAGCACGGAAAAUGUGACUGAAACCAGCCAUGAACAGUCUGUGGAACCGAUUGGCUGCCAGGAUAGUGUGGAAGAAAUAUCUCUGCUGAAGACUAGUUCUGAACUAAUACCAGAUAUUAAACUCACUGUCUGUGGUGAAGGCUUACAAGAGGAAGAAGUGAAGGAUGAUAUACAGCCAGUACCUGUGGAUGAAACAGUUGAAUGCAUUGAUCAGGAUGCCAAUAUUGAUCUACAAGCACCAAAUGAAGUGCAGGAUGAGAAUCAAUCAGCGUUGGACUCAACUGAAAUUACCCGAGAAAUGCACAACCCUGAUCAAAAAAUAGAGGAAGUGGAAACUUCAGGGGAUCCGACACCUGAAUCUCAAAGUUCAACUCUCAAAGAGGUUUUGGCAGAAGUGAACACUGAAGAAAUUAAUUCCACAGAGAACUCUACAGAUGGAAAACUAACUGAAUCCGUCACCAGCAAAGUUGAAGAUGAUCAUCCAGAGACUCCUGUGCCAAAUGGGACCACUUCAGAUAGAGAAUUGAAAAACCAGAGCCAAGUGGAAGUUACUGGCCAAGAUAUCACUGCAGAAGCUGAAGAAAAUGUCCAAGUUAGUGGUUUGGCGCCAAUAGCAAGUAAAACCACUGAACGGGUGAUUGAAAAUCUUUCUCAGGAAUCCUGUCUUGCACUGAAUAACGAAACUCUCAAUUCGGGAUCACUAGAUGUGAAUGUUGAAUGAGAUGUGUUGGAAGCAGAGGCUCAUUAAGAUGAGGUUGAGGAUCCAGAGUAAAUUGAGCAGAAGGUGGAAGGUUGGCUGGAAUUUGGACUUGUUCAAACCAGCUAGUGCCCGAGUUUGAUUUGAGAAGGAAUUUCCAAGCUUUUGCUGCAAGCAGAAUAGUGACUCAACUUGAAGGUUUUGAACAGUCUUGACUAGUUCCACAGUCCUCUGCUUAAGUUUGUUCACUUGAAGAAUGCACCAAAAAAAAAACACUGGAAGAUUAAAAUUGAGACUCUGCCUUAUACCAUAGCUUUCAAUAUGCAAGAUGUUGGGUAUUAGUAGUACACCUUUAAAAGCAUGUUAAUCUAAAAGGGUUGUUCAGAAGACUUGAACUCUUGAUAAUUUAAGUCUAAAUUUAGACUUCAAUUUGCAUAAUAUGCUUUGAGGUCAGUUAUUAAUUGGAUAAUGAGGGUUUUUAAAACUUAAUAAAGUGUCAUAUUAUCCUGGUUUUGGUUUAGUG